AUGAAUCGUUCUCCUGAGCGUGUAUCAGACUUACUUUACAAUUAUCUGAGGAAUAAAAACAUUUUACCUUCCCAGCCCAAAUGGGAAAUCAAGAAAUCCAAUUUAGGAGGUUUAGGAGUUUUUGCAAAAGAAGAUAUACCAGCAGGUGAUAUAAUAUUUUAUGAUAUGCCCAUUGUAAUAGGUCCUCGAACAACUUUGAAUAAACCAAUUUGUGUGGUAUGUUACAAAGAAUGUUUACUAAUACGAAAAUGGAUGAUUAACAGUAGUAAAGAAAAAGAACAAUAUGUUGAUUUGUACAAGUACAUAACACCAGCUCGGGUAUUGUGCUUAAAUGAAGAUGAAUUAAAUCUUGUUGAAACUUUAAAAAGUCAUUUUGGAGACCAGCAUGGUUUUGAAGUUAAUAUGUUAUCUAAAAAGUUUGAGUUGGAUUUUAGUGAAAAAGAGAAGAAUUAUAUGUUGAUGUGCUGCAGAGUUAUGGAUGCCAAUGCUUACGAAAUUGAUACAGCCAACGACACUUAUAAUUGCGGUGUAAGAGGUCUUUAUCCACUAGGCAGUUUAUGUAACCACGAUUGUAGACCAAAUAUAUUUCAUAAUUUCGAUAAAAACCAUUGUAUGGUGGUAAAAGCAUCUGUUUUAAUCAAAAAAGGAGAAGGAAUUUUAAAUAGUUAUACAAGAAUUAUGUGGGGAACCUUAAACCGCAGACUAAUAUUAGCACGUACUAAACAUUUUAAAUGUUCCUGUACAAGAUGUGCCGAUCCGACUGAAUUUGGAUCCUACAUUAACGCUUUAAAAUGUUCGAAUUGUAAAUGUGGCAAUGUGCUGCCCACAGAUUCAUUAGAUUUAAAAUCAAAUUGGAAAUGCGAUCUUUGCCAAAAAGAAAUGGGAUGUGUUGAAAUUGGUAGAGUACUAUCACUUGUAGGAUCUAUUUUGGGAAGUUUCUCUGAUGAUGACAUUGAAAUAAUGAUUAAAUUUUUAAAAACCAAAUUGCCAUUGUUGGUUCAUGAUAAUCAUCAAUCAGUUCUGGAAAUAAAAUGCAAAAUAGUGUUUUGUUUAGGACAUAAACAUGGAUCUAUAAAAGACAUAGCUGAAGAUAUGCUUAUUUUAAAAGAAAACUAUUGCUUAGACAUACUUAAGGUUAUUGACAAAUUACAACUUGGAUAUUUUAAAUUACGUGCUUUUAUACUUUAUGAACUGUACUUAACGUUGACAGAAAAAAUGAGGCGAAGAUCUAAUGGCAUAACUGCAACUGAUCUAAAAAAUGUCUUAAAUGAAGUACUGAUUACGUUGAAGAAUGAUGUAUCAGCUCCUAGCGAAAUUUUGGAACUGGAGGUAUAAAUAUCACAAUAAAAGUGUGAACUAUUACAAUACUUA